CUAUUCUGGUCUGAGGGCAGGGAGAAGUCAGUCAGGAAGGCAAUGAGGGGGAGAGAAACAUGAAAAAAAACUGCUUUUUCCCCCCGACGGAGAAGCUCCAUCCUCAUGAUCUCAUGAAUAAAUUAUAGCAGGCCAUUGUGCAAUAGAGGGAGGUAUGCAGCGAAGCCCGAACAAACACGGCUGAGUUGCACGGAGUGUAGCAUUUACAGCAGCAGCGUGAUCGGGGGGGGGCUGUCCUCACUUUCCGUAUUGUACUCAUGCACCUUCAGAGAAGGAACUACCCCCCAGCCGGGUCCGCCUAGACAUCGCGGACACAUCCUUACUGUGUUUUACCACGUUUUCCGCACAGGCACGUUGUACAUACCGGAGUAUGGAGAAUACAACUUAGCAAAGCGAAACGGCAAAAAAAAAAAAAAAACUACUGGAUUAACUCGCUAGUUGAGCAGACAGCACGGACAAGCUAAGCUAGCUCGCCGGCUAGUACGCUACACCUGAAGGAAAGAGAUCAAGAAAGAAAGAGACUAAGCGAGCUUGUAAAGUUAGAGACGAUCUCCCCCCGUGGUCGUGGUUUUGUAAAGAAGAGGGCUGCGCAUCAGCUUUUUGAGAAGGAUCUUGGUGGAUUUCUGCUGUUGGACCUGGAGAUUAAAGCACAUCAACCUCGGGCAGUUUUGAGUCGAAGGCUGCCUGCUGGGUUGAGGAGUUUUGGGGGUCCCUGCUGACACCCACACCCCUCCGAUGAACCCCAUCAACUCCAUGAAACCCGUCCUGCCUCCGACGCCACACAGCGACGGCUCCUUCCCGUAUGACCCUGUCUCCUGGCAGCAAGGCACCAAUCAACCGGCAGGUUCCCUCUCCGUGGUAACAACUGUGUGGGGGGUGACCAAUCCUUCGCCCAGCCAGGUCUUGGGUGCUCCCAUGGGCCCCGGCGGAAACUCUGCAGGUGGCCACAUGAUGUCGGGCGGCGGGGCUGGCAUGAGCUCGCCGCCGUUCAUGGGGCAGCAGGGCUACCCCGAGGCCAGCAAGGGCUACAUGCAGCAGGCGCUGUACGGCCGCUCCGGGGGGGGCUACCCGGCGGGGCCUGGGCCUGGAUAUGGCGGCAGCUACCCUAACAGCGGUGGGGGCUCCAUGGGGAUGCCCCCCCACGGCGUGCGCCCGCCAACCGACUUCACACAGGCCGCCGCCGCCGCCGCAGUGGCUGCGGCCGCUGCCACAGCAACAGCAACGGCCACGGCCACAGUAGCAGCCAUACAGGAGAAGCAGAACCACGAGCUGAAUUACGGGCCGAUGGGUGGUGGCGCCUCCUACAACAGCCAGUUCCUGCCUCACGCAGGGCCCCGGGGCCCGCCUCCUAUGGCCCCCGGCGGCAUGGUCCCCUCCCGAGCCCCGUCCAUGGGGCCCAUGUACAGCGGGCAGGGCCAGAGGAUGCAGCAGCACCCGGGCUACCCCGGCGCUCAGCCAGGACCCCCCCGGCCACAGCACGGCAUGAAGCGCCCCUACAGCUCCGAGGCGCAGGGCUUCCCUGGGCAGCAGUACGGCCCUGGCGUGGGAGCCGCGGGGCCCUACCCUAACCAGGCCAUGCAGUACCAUGGCCCCGGGUCGCAGCGCUCCGCCGCCUCGCCCUCCUAUGCCGGCCACAGGAUGCCCCUGCAGCAAGGCAACAUGGGCCAGUACCCCCCAGGACCAGGAAACCCAGGACAGUACUACAAGACGGAGUUCAACGGGCAGGGAAACUCCCUGUCAGCCCUGACGGCGGGUGGUGCAGGGGGGGGCGGCUACAAUACUUUCAAUCAGCCUGCCGUCAAUGGACCGGGCCGAGCGAUGCCAGGGUAUCCAAGUUCGCCGCUCCCCGGGAACCCCACCCCACCUAUGACGCCAGGCAGCUCCAUGCCCCCCUACAUGUCUCCCGGCCAAGACGUCAAAUCCCCAUUCCUCCCUGACGUCAAGCCCAACAUGAACACUCUGCCGCCCCCUACAGGGAACCCUAGUGACGACCUGCGGCUGACCUUUCCCGUGCGGGACGGUGUGGUUCUGGAGCCGUUCCGCCUGGAGCACAACCUAGCCGUCAGCAACCACGUCUUCCAGCUGCGGGACUCCGUCUACAAGACGCUCAUGUUGAGGCCCGACCUGGAGCUGCAGUUCAAAUGCUACCAUCACGAGGACCGGCAGAUGAACACCAACUGGCCGGCCUCGGUGCAGGUCAGCGUCAACGCCACGCCCCUCACCAUCGAGCGCGGCGACAACAAGACGUCCCACAAGCCCCUGUACCUGAAGCACGUGUGCCAGCCGGGCCGGAACACCAUCCAGAUCACGGUCACCGCCUGCUGCUGCUCGCACCUGUUCGUGCUGCAGCUGGUGCACAGGCCGUCUGUUCGCUCUGUCCUGCAGGGCCUCAUGAAGAAACGGCUGCUACCGGCUGAGCACUGCGUCACCAAGAUAAAGAGGAACUUCAGCAGCGGCACCAUCCCCGGCACCCCUGGCCUCAAUGGGGAGGAUGGCGUGGAGCAGACAGCCAUCAAGGUGUCCCUCAAGUGUCCCAUCACCUUCCGGCGCAUCCAGCUGCCGGCUCGCGGCCAUGACUGCAGACACAUACAGUGCUUCGACCUGGAGUCAUACCUGCAGCUGAACUGUGAGAGAGGAACCUGGCGCUGCCCUGUGUGCAAUAAGACUGCUCUUCUAGAAGGCCUGGAAGUGGACCAGUACAUGCUGGGAAUUCUCAUCUACAUCCAAAACUCAGAUUAUGAAGAGAUCACGAUUGACCCAGUGUGCAGCUGGAAGCCAGUUCCGGUGAAACCUGACCUACACAUCAAGGAGGACCCGGAUGGGCCAGCCCUGAAGCGCUGUCGAACCUUGAGCCCCAGUCACAUGAUCUUGCCCAGCGUCAUGGAGAUGAUUGCUGCAUUAGGUCCAGCCUCCUCACCAUACCCCUCUUUACCACAAGGUGGCAGCAGUAACACACCAGACUACCCGACCCAGACUGGAUCGGCAUACCCCAGCCAGCAGGGGUUUUCUGACUUCCCCAAUGCCCCUGGAACCCCGACCCUUGCGGAGUUCUCCACAGGGCCACCUCCACUGUCCUACCAGUCAGACUUGCCCAGUGGUCUUCUCACCCCCGAGAAGCCAGCGGGGCAUCCCAUGCCUGCACAGAUGGCCCACCCUGGUCGCAUGGACCCUUCCCAUAAUCCUCUUCAGCAACAACAGCAGCAGCAGCAGCAGCCGGCGCCACCGCAGCAACAACAGCCGCCUCAGCAAGGCCUGCAUGGCGCUCCGCACCUGGGGGGGCCGGGGGGACCCAUGCACUCCCGCAACCCCUCACAGAACCCUCGCGUACACGCGGACAACUCCUUUGGGCUCGGUACACCAGGGGCCCCCGGAGAGGUUCCAGAACCUUCCCUUGAUCUGCUCCCAGAACUGACGAAUCCGGAUGAGCUGUUGUCAUACCUUGGGCCACCCGACCUCCCCAACAACAGCAACGAUGACCUGCUGUCCCUCUUUGAGAACAACUGAGUCCUAGCAACUCUGUCUCCUGUGGUCCUCUGCAACACUCCAAAAAAGAAGGGGGGGGGGGGACAAAACGCCCAGCAUCUUUGGAGAAUAUUGGGGCUGGUUUGGGUUGGGGGGUGGGGGCUGUACCAUUAGUCCAACUCCAGCCCCUCCUGUCAUGAAUCUGAAAAUCUGGUGGGGAGACUGAAAGAUGUUUUUAGAAAAAUAAUGUGACUUUAACUGCCUAUGAACUAUGUUAACAGAUUUUCCUGUUCUAUUUUUAAGAUAUGAACCCCUGCUUUGUUCACUGAUUCGGAGGAAUCCAGUAGCUCGUGGAUGGAGCUGUAAGCACUGGGGAAACCAUAUGUCACAUCAAACGCUUCACGCGGUUAGAUAUCAAACGAGACGAGUUGAAAAGAGUUGACAGUUCUUUUUUUAAACCAAGAGAGAAAUACGUGAGGAAAUGGGCAUUUAGUAUAAAUGGGAGACUUUCUAAGUGGGGGGGAGCACGGUGAUUUAUCAGGGUCGGUCUGCCUUCCUUCCUGCCAUAGAGCCGUGGCAGGCCGCGUCCCCUGUCCUCUGACAGCUGUACAGUCACCCACACGUCCCAGUGUUUGUCAGAGGUCUCUGUCGUACAUCCGGUACCGGUACUGUGUGUGACGUUCAGCAGCUGGUUGGCGCCGCCCAACACAUAAUGUUCAGUGAUCAAAAUUUUACUCAAGGGCAUCUAUCUGACCAAGGCAUCUUGUAUAAUGAGAUUAGUCCUGGAAAUCCAUUUGAAAUGGUUCCCAGUCCCUGACAAACCAGUGUGACCACUUCUGAUUUUUUUUGUUUUUAUUUUGAAGUAGUUCUGCUGAAUCUUUUAAACCAGAAGAGCUUUGUAAUGGGCAGCUGGUUGGUGACCAUUUCAUCCCAAUUUCACUGUGUUCGCUGUGGUAAUUGACAGGUUUCCCAUUUCCUUUGUCGUAUUAAGAGACUCCUGCUCUAAAAGUUAUUGCUGUGAAAUACUCAUUUCAUGAAUAGCUGUGGAAAGAGAUUCUUAGGCUGAAACAUCCCUCCCCUGUCCUUGUAUCUGCCCCCUACAUAUAAUAUAGGGGCAGAGCAGAAAUUAACAAUCAAUGGUGAGAAUAUACAUGUGGUCGCUCCCAGGCCGCUGUGACGUCGGACCUGACAAAUGUUCACUGCUGGCGAAAAGCAGACCAGGGCGCCCCCUGCUGGGAACCACUUAGCAGCUGGCGGGUUUCCGUCCAUCGUUGUGGGGUGAUUCGAGCCUGUGGAGCAGAAGGACGGCGCAGUGGGGGCCGCCUGCUGGGGGAGGGGGCUCGUAUCUCUAAGCCACACCCAGAUAGAUAUUCCUGGGACAGACAUCACCCGCACAACCAGUCUGAAAGGCCAGAUAUUUGUUUACUUGUUAUUUUUUUAAGGGGGGGGGGGUUGUUGCCCUGGUACCAAUCCAGGUCCAGAGAAAGAGACUGUUAAUCAGUGUGGAAAGAAUCGCUGUCUUCGGUACUCCUGCGUGUCUCUAAUCUGGUUCAUUUACUUAGUGCGGUUUGCUUCUCCAUCUUAUUUGCAGGAGGAAAAAACUGGAUCUCGCUGUUUCCUUUUUUUAGCUGGAUCGGCAUACCCCAGACAAACAAACAAAAGACAAACAAACCAGAAAAUAAACUUCCCUAAAUUUACUGUUGUCGUUUGAACACCCCUCCCCUCGUAGCGAUAUGUUCGUUAUUCAUCCAGACCCCUGGAAAUCGUUCACCAGACCUAACUCUCUGAACUUCAUGUUACAGCAAUGUUUUCCCCCGUUGGCCCUUAUUUAAAGAAAAGAAACAUACGAUUUUAAAUGUUUAUACCUGCUUUCAUUUUUGUAACUAGACAAAUGGAUUUUAAGGUGCUCAGUGAAGCUCGGUUGGAUCGUUGGAGAAGAGCCGUUUCACAAUGGAAGUAAAUGCUUACAAGAUGACUUUUUUAAGCACAAUAUUUUUCCUCCCGCUGUAUAUACCCAUGUAAAACACUAUGAAACGUGCAUAUUAGCAGACCUGCGUUGUCUGCCAGCUCCUUUACGAUGAGCUCUAUCUCAGAGAGAAUUAAAUUUGAAAGGAGUACGUGUUCAGUUCUUUGUCUCGUCGGAUAUUAUGACCGCUCUUUGGGCAUUGUCUGUCGGCCGUCUGCAGUUUGUAAGACGAUGACCCAGAACGUCAACAGUUAUUGGAUGUGCAACUGUUUUUGUUUCAGGUUAUUUGUGUAUCAUAUUCAUUUUUUUUUAAUUAAUAUUAUAAUUAUUAUUAAAGAUAAUUGGUGUACCCUGA